CUUCCGGCGCGGAUUGCGCGCAGGCGCAGAUUAACCAGCACCUAGCCUCAGGACCUAGGCCGAGUCACUUCCCAUAAUGCCGCGUUUCCGGAAGUUGCUGCUUUCCACGGUCACUGUGGAUUCGGCUUUGUCGCUGUCUGUACCACAGUAGGAGGAAGACAGAGCUGGCUACGCAGCCCAAAGGUCUAUUUAGGGGAUGCAGUUAUGGCGCUGUCGCCGUGGAACUUGUUUACUCCAUUCCUAUGUACCUACCUUUGCACCUUGUAAUCAUCUUUUUAUACUCCAGAUCUUUAUUUUGUGUCAGUAAGUAAUCCAUAAAGUGCCAGCAUGGGAAAGAAACGGACAAAGGGAAAACCUGUUCCAUUUGAUGAUUCUUCUGAAUCUUUAGAACUUAUGUGCAGACACAUUAGAAAAGGAUUGGAACAAGGUAAUUUGAAAAGGGCUUUAGUGAAUGUGGAAUGGAAUAUUUGCCAAGACUGUAAGAUGGACAAUAAAAUAAAAGAUAAAUCUGAAGAAGAAACAGAAGAAAAUCCUUCAGUUUGGCUAUGUCUUAAAUGUGGCCAUCAGGGUUGUGGCAGGAAUUCUCAGGAGCAGCAUGCCUUGAAGCACUACAUGGUUCCAAGAUCCGAGUCCCACUGUCUGGUUCUUGGCUUGGACAACUGGAGUGUGUGGUGUUACCUGUGUGAUACUGAAGUCCAGUAUUGCAGUUCAAGCAGAGUGAGUAAAGGAAUUCUUAAAGCAUUUGGUAAUUCUACUGAAAAAUUGGAUGAAGAACUGAAAAAUAAAGUUAAAGAUUAUGAAAAGAAAAAAUCAGUACCAAGUUUUGUGGAUCGCAUCUUUGGUGGUGAACUAACUAGUACAAUCAUGUGUGAUGAAUGCAGGACUGUGAGUGUUCAAUCCAACAUUGUUUGUAUCAGUUCACUCGUAAUGAGAAACUUCGAGAUGCAAAUAAACUGCUGUGUGAAGUAUGCACGCGGAGGCAAUGUAAUGGACCAAAGGCAAACGUAAAAGGUGAGCGGAAGCAUGUUUACACUAAUGCUAAAAAGCAAAUGCUAAUUUCUCUUGCCCCUCCUGUUCUCACUCUUCAUUUAAAGAGAUUUCAGCAGGCUGGUUUUAGCCUACGUAAAGUUAAUAAACACAUAAAGUUUCCAGAAAUCUUAGAUUUGGCUCCUUUUUGUACUCUUAAGUGCAAGAACGUUGCUGAAGAAAAUACAAGAGUCCUAUAUUCCUUAUAUGGAGUUGUGGAACACAGUGGUACAAUGAGAUCAGGGCAUUACACUGCCUAUGCCAAAGCAAGAACUGCAAAUCAUCAUCUCUCUAAUCUUGUUCUUCAUGGCGAUAUUCCACAAGAUUUUGAAAUGGAAUCCACCAAAGGGCAGUGGUUCCACAUCAGCGAUACACACGUGCAAGCUGUGCCUACAGCUAAGGUCCUGAGCUCACAAGCGUACCUCCUAUUUUACGAGCGGGUACUAUAACAACAGAUGUUUCCUCUGGAAGCGUUUAUAGCUUUUACAAUGGCUGUACUAACAAUAAAAAAAAUUAAGACUAUAAAUCAUGUUCACUUCACAUGACAGAAGAAAUCAUAAAUACUGAAGGGAAAAAAAUCCUUGGCAAUUCAGUGGUUUUUUCUCAUGUUUUUUUUCAUUCCUGCUUUGUUUCUGGAAAUUUGAAUUAAGUCCUCUGUGCUCAGUAUGUGGGUGGUGGGUCAUGACAUAUCAAUAAACUUACCUCCAAAA